AUGGAGGGAAAUGGCUUAGCCGAGGGAAUGAUUCCAGGCAUCCUGGGUCUUGAGAUGCCCCUGCACCAGGCGCACCACCAGAUUCCGGCACCGCCCCCGACGCAGCAGCACCACCACCACCGCCAGGUUUUGCUGUUCCCUUCCCAACUUCACCAGAAUCAGGCCCACCUCGCCGAUGCCGAUCAUAAUGCUGCCGCCGCAUCCAAACACACCUACUCGUUUGGGGGUGGCGCCAAGGUGAAGCCAGCGCCAAGCCCGGACGAAGAGCCCUCCGCCGCCUUCGGUGAGGACGUCGGCAUGGACUUGGCGGUGAGACAGCAGUCGCAGCCUGGGGUGUCCGCUUCGUCAACGCCCUCCCCGUGGCAGAGGAUGAAGUGGACGGAUGCCAUGGUGAGACUUCUCAUCAUGGUGGUCUACUGCGUCGGGGACGAGGGCGGGCCCGACGGAGGCGGCGGCGGUGGCCACCAUCAAGGCAACAAGCUGGGGAAGAAGGGCGGACCAACGGCUUGCACGGCGGUGCUGCAGCAGCAGCAAAAGAAAGGCAAGUGGAAGUCGGUGUCGCGGGCGAUGAUGGAGAAGGGACAUUACGUGUCACCACAGCAGUGCGAGGACAAGUUCAAUGACCUGAACAAGCGUUACAAGCGCGUCAACGACAUCCUCGGUAGGGGCACAGCAUGCCGGGUGGUGGAGAACCAGGCCCUCCUCGACACCAUGGACCACCUCUCCCCCAAGGCGAAGGAGGAGGUCCGUAAGCUCCUUAAUUCCAAGCACCUCUUCUUCCGCGAGAUGUGCGCCUACCAUAGAAGCUGCGCCGCUGCGAGCUCGGCGGGCGAAGCUGUUUCCUCCGCUUCAACCUUGGAGCCUCAUCACCAGUCGUGCGAAGCUUUCGGGGGUUCCGAUCCGUACAGCCUGCAUCAGCAACAAUGUUCCCACCUCACGGACAUUAGCGGCGCACCGGAAUUUAUGGCGGUUGGGGAGGAGGUUGGCACUGCUCUCAAGAUAAUGACUACGUCGUCGGAUAAGAUGGCAGGAGAGCGAGGAGAGGAUGAUGGGAUGGGGGCGGACGAGGACGACGAUGAAGAAGAUGAGGAUGAGGACGACGACUACGACGAGGACGACGAGGACGAGGAGCAUAACGGAGGAGUGACGGAGGGUGGAGGAUUGCGACAGCAUCGGAAAGGUGCACAUGGAGACGAUGAGGAUGGGUCCACGGGAGCGGGGGUUAAGAGGCAGAGGAGGUCUUCCUCAUCGUCGCCCUUCUUUCACCUUUCCUCGUCACAGCAGCAGUUGAAGGGCGAGCUGGCCUCCCUGACGGGUUCGCCCGAGCAACAGCGGCAGUGGCUCAGCUGGCGGGCAGUGGAGCUGGAGGAGCGACGGGUGAACUGCGGGCGCCGGGCCCUGGAGCUGGAGAAGCAGCGGUUCAAGUGGCUGCGCUUCAGCGGGAACAAGGAGCGGGAGAUGGAGCGGGUGAAGCUUGAGAACGAGCGUCUCAGCCUCGAGAACGAGAGGAUGCUCCUCCUCCUCCGCCAGAAGGAGUUCGAACUCGCCUGCCAAGGCAAUGGCGGCGCCGUGGACCACAUCCACAAAAACGCCACGAGCCACGACGGCCCGUCAGCUUCUGCGGCGUGA